AACACCUUUGGAAGUCACGACAUUGCAAAACCCAUUAUGCUAUGCGAAGGUGUUCCAACUAUCCAUUGUCCCUGAUGGAACUCGAGGUGCCCGUGCAGGAGGCGCACGGAGCAGAGGCUGGGCGACAUGUACAGUACCAACCAGCACUGCGCAUGGUUUUCUCUUCUCGAGUUGGUGCUUUCUUGUUUGUUGCGAGCCGGAAGGUAUACCUUGGUUUUGCGGCUCGAGGGUCGGUUUCAUGGCCGAAAGGUACAACUAUGUAUCAUGUACCGUACCGAUAUCGCACGGUAUUGCCUUUUGCUGGAUGGAAGAGUGGGGUCUGGGGUACGGUAUCAUACCAGUGUGCAAUGUGCUAUGCUCACAAAAAUUAGGGAUCACGUUGACCGGUCAAUCGAUAAACGGCGAAAAGAGACACAAUUUACCGGUAGAGUUGUACGAGCCUGUGACCAAAAGCCAUGAGUAUUGUACUGUAGGUUGGCAUUUUACACCAAAAAUGUACAACUUUACAUUUGGAAAUC